GUGGGUGUUGUUUGCGUGCUCCGGCGUUGUGCUUGUCGCCUCUCCACCUUGGGUCCUCUCUUCUUCUCUCUCCUGUCUCGCCGCUCGUCAGCGGUGAUUGCCCGAGGGACACGAGCGCGCCAUCGGCCACCGCCAGAAGCCGCUUGCCAGCUCCAGAUUUGAUUCACCGCGGCUUCGACCAUACCGAUGCUCUUCUAGGUCUCGACGUCUCCUGCACGUUCCCGCCGUUUCAUCCUCGCGUCUCGAGGCUCCCCAACCUCAUCCCACACGUCACCCUCGAGUGGAUGCUCCACCUCGUCCACAGAGGGUGAACCGCGUAUCCCGACACCACCGCCCUUCAAGGGUCGUUCGUAGCUAUCAAAAAAUCUCGGACCGGCGUGUGCAACAUGACCUCCCCUCAGGGUCAGGGCUGCGAGGCCGCUUCGAAGAUAGUGCAGCAGCAGGUGGUAGAGCCGUAUGCCACCAUGGGGCAGCUCUCGAUAGCACCGGCCACAACUACGACAGUCGUCACCACGACCACGACCACAACAACGUCGUUCCCUCCGAUCCUGUUGAAGCCUCCCCGAAAUCUUAACGAAAGGGACCCAAAGGAAUACCCACUCGCUCAUUCCCAGGCUCCUGAGUCGAUCCGCAAGUUCUUCUUUGAAGCCGGCGGCGAGCAGGCCUGUUUUCAGGAGGCAAAUGACGUGGUAGACUCAAUCCAAGAGCACAAAACGCUCCAUAAUGACCUGGCAACUUCCAACGGUAAGCUUCGCACAAUCGAAUCGUUCAACGGCCCGCCUGCCUUCGCCACGCCAAACAGGGUAACACGACCGAAUAUAGCAGCUCCUAACCCAGCCCUCCGCUCGAUAUCCGGCCGACGAAAACGAUCCUCUUCCCCGCCAUCCAUCGCUGAGGCUGCCGAGAUUGCUAGCCUGCACCGUCGGAAUAAGAAGCCUCGAACCUCCAUUCAAGACUACAGAGGCAGGCCCGCUGCUCAGAUUAGCGCGAACUUCACGCCAGAGGAUAUGGAUGAUGCAAUUCCAGCCACUCCGGACACAGAUGUUGGCGGUGGAGGCCCGUUCAAGGUACCGAGAAUGAGCGCAGGAACAAGACGCACAAACUUGAGAUCAUGUUCGCAACAGACCCGGCAGCAGCGACGGCCGCCAUCAUGGCAGCUCCAGGAGCCUUUUGCGGGUCCUACGAACGGCGAGAAAGACGCUCCUUGCGACCAACAGCGCUCACCUGACGGUCACCACUUUUCUACAUCGAUCGCAGAGGGUCCGGGCAUCGCUGCCACUCCGCCAAUUGCGGACACAGACCUGGAACCGGUUGGCCCUUUCACUACCGACGAUAGCUCAUACGUCCACGUUGGACGACCUACGCCUCUUGACACGGUGUCUGCGCAGGACGCCAGCUUACCGAGCCCUAGUUUGUCGCCCAUCACCGCCGCAGCCACUCUCGCCCAGCAGAACAAUCUUGGAGCGUCGUUGAUCGGGGACGAGGGCGAAGACGACCCAAACGAUUUGUCUAGUCUAGACAUAUCGCAAGGUACCACAAACGAGAACAAUACAACGCAGACCCUUGCACUGUCUUCGUCCAGGUCGAAGCGGAUUGAGCUCCCUGAAGUAGACGAGAUUACUCCGAAUCCACAGCUGCCAACGCCCACUCUCAUGGAUAUCCCUACUAUGCUGGACUCGUUCGAUGCGUUGCCCGAAAAAAUGAAAACCUACGUCAUGUAUCAGCUUCUUCGUAGGUGUGCAAAACCCACGCUACAUUUCGUUGCCGAUGUAGUCAAUCCGGCCCUGAAGUGCGAUUUCAUUGCUUUGCUUCCGACCGAGCUCAGCCUCUGCAUCAUCAGCUAUCUCGACGUCAAGAGCAUGUGCAGCGCAGCUCAGGUUUCAAGAAGAUGGCGAGAACUGAUCGAUACGGACGAGCGAUCAUGGAAGAAGUUGCUGGACAACGAUGGGUACAAUAUCCCAGAACACGAGCUGGAGCGGGCCAUAGAAGAGGGAUGGGGAUGGCAGUAUCCACAUUCUCCAGAGAGCUACGAGCGGGAUCUUCGCGUCUUAUCAGCACAUUCUAGGUCGGAUCACGCAAAUUCUCCAGGAUCUUCCGGUUCGAGCGUAUUGGGUAGUGUUCUCGAUAAUGAAGGAGCCGUGACGCGGUCCUCCUCAACCCGGCAGAAGAGAAAGGCUGCUAGCAAGCAUGCCGUAUCCAAAAAGCAGCGCAAGAAGGGACCGUCCCCGUCAAAAGCCCAAGCCGUCUUCUCCUCUCGGUCAGUCGUCGCUCAACAAGGGCCUCUCUCUUAUGCCGACCGAGCCAGGGAGGCAAUAUCCGAGCCUGAGAUUGGCCUGCCAAGCUUGCGCAAAAUGCACCUCUUCAAGUCUCUGUACCAACGGCAUCAUCUCAUCCGCAAGAGCUGGAUGGAAGUGGAAAUGAAGCCAAAGCACAUCGCGUUCCGAGCACACCAGCGCCAUGUGGUGACCUGUCUGCAGUUCGACACUGAUAAGAUCUUAACCGGUAGUGACGAUACUAACAUCAACGUCUAUGACACCAAGACAGGGGCUUUGCGCAAUCGCCUUGAAGGCCAUGAGGGCGGGGUUUGGGCUCUUCAAUACGAAGGCAACACCCUGGUCUCUGGUUCAACCGAUCGUUCGGUGCGCGUGUGGGAUAUCGAAAAGGGCAAGUGCACGCAGGUGUUCCAAGGCCACACGUCUACGGUCCGAUGCCUCGUCAUUCUCAAGCCCACCAAAGUGGGAGAGACGUUAGAUGGCCGGCCAAUCAUGAUGCCCACGGAGGACCUGAUCAUCACUGGCUCACGGGAUUCCUCGCUGCGUGUGUGGAAGCUGCCUCCGCCGGGCGACAGGAGCAUCAUCCAGACCGGACCGCCGGCCAACGACAGCGAUAACCCAUACUUCGUCCGCGCACUCAUUGGCCAUCACCACUCGGUGCGGGCUAUCGCUGCCCAUGGUGAUACUCUCGUCAGCGGCAGCUACGACUGCACCGUGCGUGUGUGGAAGAUCUCGACCGGUGAGGUCUUGCACCGCCUCCAGGGUCAUUCUCAGAAGGUGUACAGCGUUGUCUUGGACACCGAGCGCAAUCGCUGCAUCAGCGGGUCGAUGGAUAACAUGGUCAAGGUGUGGUCGCUCGAGACUGGUGCCUGUAUCUUCACGCUUGAAGGCCACACUUCGCUCGUCGGCUUGCUGGAUUUGAGCCAUGGACGCCUUGUUUCGGCCGCCGCAGACUCGACCCUCCGCAUCUGGGACCCCGAGAAUGGCCAGUGCAAGAGCAGGCUCUGUGCUCACACGGGAGCUAUCACCUGUUUCCAGCAUGAUGGCCAAAAAGUCAUCUCUGGCUCGGACCGCACCCUGAAGAUGUGGAACGUUCGGACGGGCGAGUUUGUGAAAGAUCUCUUGACUGAUCUGAGCGGCGUGUGGCAAGUCAAAUUCAACGAACGACGGUGUGUUGCCGCCGUUCAACGGAACAAUAUGACAUAUAUCGAGGUUUUGGACUUUGGUGCUGCUAGAGACGGCGUGCCAUUUGACCAACGAGGACGCAGAAUAGUCGUCAAUUCGAAAGGACAAGAGACUGAAGACGUGGAUGACAUCAUGGACGUCGACGCUGUGUAGCGGAUAUCCGACGUCGUCAACACAUCAUCCGAUCAUGGUUCACGGCUCUAUCAACACGACCGCAUGCAUUCUGGACAUUUUCAAAAGCAAUACCCCUCAUGCAUUCACCCGGCUUGGGACCUAUUAAUAUCUCUUUUUCACGGUCUUUCUACGUUUUUAUCUUGUAUCCGCCCUUGUCUGUUGGGGCUUGCAUCCGUGAUUAUUCAUACGAAAAGAGGCGUCUGAUGGGGGUUUACAUUUGCAUAUCUACGGCGUUUAAUAUUUGCCUGCCCUGAGCUGCAUGUCAUGGGCACUGGCUGUCUUAGGACGGGAUUCAGUAUGUAGUGAUUGGGCUUGCUGGAAGUACACCAGGCCUUAGGCACUGCGCGAGCUGGACGUAGAAAAUACAUUGCAUGAAUAGAUCAAGCUCGGUUGCGUGC